GGAAUAUUGUUGAGUGCCUCUCAAGCGUCGUAUCAACUAUCAAACACCCAGUUAUUUCUAUUUUCCAAGCCCAGACCGUCCUUUUGUCAUUUUUUCACUCUCCCUGCAGUUUUGCGCGUCACCAUUCAAUUGGCCAUAGCAGGGCAGCCAUGAUCGCAACACAGAGAAGUGGAUCCGGGCAAUUGACAAGCCCUAAAUCCCAAUCCUCUACCCAAACGGGACCAUAUCUUUCAGUUUCAGUGACUGAUCCGGCUAAAAUGGGCAAUGGCGUGCAAUCUUAUAUUUCAUACAAAGUCAUCACUAAGACUAACUUGCCCGAGUAUCAUGGGCAAGAAAAGAUUGUAAUUCGACGUUAUAGUGAUUUUGUCUGGUUGCGAGAUCGUCUUUUUGAGAAGUAUAAGGGCAUCUUUAUCCCACCUCUUCCAGAAAAAAACACUGUAGAAAAGUUUAGGUUUAGUGCUGAGUUCAUUGAAAUGAGACGUCAAGCUCUGGACGUGUUCAUUAACCGCAUAGCUUCACAUUGUGAGCUUAGACAAAGUGAAGAUUUAAGAAUAUUUUUGCAGGCGGAAGAGCAGACAAUGGAAAGAGCCAGAUCCCAGGAGACUGGUAUUUUCAAGAAAAAGCCUGCUGAUCUGAUUCAAAUGUUUAAGGAUGUACAAUCAAGAGUGAGUGAUAUUGUCCUUGGAAAGGAAAAACCAGUUGAAGAAUCGAAUCCUGAAUACGAGAAACUGAAGCAUUACAUAUUUGAGCUGGAAGAACAUCUAGCUGAAGCUCAAAAGCAUGCAUAUAGUUUAGUAAAGAGACAUAGAGAAUUAGGAGAGUCUUUGUCAAGCUUUGGGAAGGCAAUCAAGGUUUUGGGAUCAUCUGAAGACAAUGCACUGGGGAAGGCAUUUUCUGAACUUGGGGCAAAAUCUGAGCUUAUAUCAAUUAAGCUUCAGAAAGAGGCACAUCACCUCCUAAUGAAUUUUGAAGAGCCAUUGAAGGAUUACGUUCGAGUGGUGCAGUCAAUUAAGGCCACAAUGGCAGAGAGAUCAAAUGCUUUCAAGCAGCAGUGUGAACUGGCUGAAGCAAUUAAAUUCAAGGAGAUAGAUUUAAACAAACUAAGGUUAACACGAUCAGAGAAGUUGGUUGAGGUUGAGCGUGAAUAUGAAGUGGUGAAAGCUGAGGGAGAGGAAGCGGCCCAAAGAUUCAGAAAAAUAGUUGAGCUGAUGAAUGGAGAGAUUGUCCAAUUUCAAGAGCAAAAAACAAUGGAUAUGGGAAUUGCUUUCCAUGAGUUUGCCAAGGGACAAGCAAACCUUGCCAAGAAUAUUGCAGAGGCUUGGCGAGGCCUCCUUCCUAAGCUUGAAGCUUGCUCCUAAUCACAUAAUAUUUGGUAACUCUUGUGUUGUAUGUUCCACUAACCUUUUGAUCUGCUUUUACCGAUACAAACAGAUUCAAUAAAUAAAUAAAUGCAGACAGUUGGUCAAGUCUGUUAUUGAUUUUUACCUCCAGAUUAUGCCACUUUCUACCAUGGGAUCCCUUCCCUUAACAAAUCCAUUUAGUGUGCGGAGUUAAGAAUGUUGUUUCAAUGUUUCUCAAUAAUCAUAAUAAAAGAAUUACAUGGGG